CCUUUUCCUGCCUAAAUUGCCAAACAAGGGCUCCCACUCCUUCUCCCUCGACCCCACAACCCUCAGGCCUCCUUCCCAGGCAACUGCUCGCCCCACCAUCCCCAUCCCCAUCCCUCCCGCCUCCCUUCCUCUGCUCCUUUUGGCAGAGCCCCAGGACGUCCGGUGUGGGGCUGCUGCUGCUGCUGCUGCUGGUGGUGGUGGUGGUGGUGGGGCUGCUGGGGAAGCUGCUGCUGUAAAAGGAGGGGUGGGCUGCUGGGCAGCAGGGGAAGCAAGGCCCUCGCCUUUGGAAGCAACCCUCCCGCCGUUCCUCCAAGGUGCCUUCUUCUUCCAGCCAGCCCAGGGGAGAGGAGGGAGGGCAGGAAGGAGAAGGAGCAGCCAGGGGAGAGCCAGCCAGCCAGCAGCCAAACGGAGCCUAUCUACACCAUGAGCAGCAGCAGCAGCACACGAGGAGGCGGCGGCGGCGGCGAUGGAGCCGGGCAGCCUUCCACUUCUUCCCCGCCAACAGCAGCAGCAGCCCAGGAGCAACCUGCAGCCACAGAGCCUCCCAAGAGGGGACGAGGGAGACCCAGGAAGCAGCCACAAGAACCAACAGGAGAGCCAUCUCCUAAAAGACCAAGAGGAAGACCUAAAGGAAGCAAAAACAAGAGUCCAUCUAAAGCAGCUCAAAAGAAAGCAGAAGCCACUGGAGAAAAACGACCAAGAGGCCGGCCUAGGAAAUGGCCACAGCAGGAGGUUCAGAAGAAACCAACUCAGGAAGAGACUGGAGAGACAUCCUCACAAGAAUCUGCAGAAGAUGAUUAGAAGACCACAUUUUGCAAUUUCUACCUCAUCAGCAGUUGGGUCUUUUGAAGGGAGAAGACACUGCCUUGACCACUUGCUUCUGUUGCCACAAUCUUUCUACUUUGGCCUGGGUGGGGAUGGUAGGGGGAGGGAAAUCUCAUAACCUUAAAAAGGACUUAUUAAUCACCUUUGUUGUAAUCCCUUCACUGUCCCGGCUUUAGUGAAAACUGCUGUAACAAGGGGGACACCGAUUAACGAUGCAACAUUUAAUUACUGUUUUCUCUUCCUUUUUCCUUUAACCUACUAAUAGUUUUGUUUGAGCUGCUAAGUAAGGGUGAAUGGGUCAGUAAAUAUCUGAACCAGGUUUUAAGUCAUUCACUGCACUGCAUAUAAAUAAGACUUUUGUAAAAUAUUAAUUAUGAUGGGCAUUCAAAUAGAAAGGCCUUGUGUUUGACACCAGUCCUUACAACACCUCUGAGAACCCACUCCCUAGCUUAGUAAACUCCCUGUUUAGAACACCAAAGAUAAGGAUUAGAUACUACUCUUUUUAUAGCCUUGUUCUAGAUUUGUGCUUGACUUUUUUUUUUUAGUUACUGUUAUUUCAAAAUAUGUUGAAGGCUGGUUAUUUUCUCCAUCUAAUUCAGUUGAUAUUCAGGAAACAAAAGCCACAAGAAAAAGGUACUUUGCCAAAAAAAAAAGAAUAAAAAAGAAAAAGAAAGAAAAAGGGAAAAUGACAAAGAUACAUUGUAUAUUUACUAAUACACAUAUAUCUGCUGAAGUAGUACAAAAUAGAACUCAACAGCACACCUCUCUGGGAACAGAUUCAUAUCUUCUCAGGUUAGAAUAUGCUUUCUGGAGAGCCUCAAGUUGUUUAGAAGCGACUAACACCAGACAUUUUCUCACGAUAGAGAUUUAGCAACUAACAUUUGGAUUCUUCCGUGAACUUAAAAUGAUACCUCAAAAUUAUUCUAAAUCACAGACAGUCAUGCUGGAACCAAGAGAAAAGAUUCAAUUCUCAGUUUGACGUAACCUAACACUGCUAGUCCAUUUCAUUGUUUCCAAAGGAAUGGGUCUGUCUCUUCUUCACUCACACAUCUCAAAACAAGAGCCGAUAUUAUGUACCUCAACUGAGCUUGUUACAACAUUUAAGCAAUAUACUUUGAUAUAGGAUGUUUUUCUGGGCAGCUGAAUCCCAGUUACAUGUCUCCAACAUUUUCACUCAAAGCAGCACUUUUAGCAAUAACUGUAAUAUUCCCCAUUUUUCAAUACUACCUCUGAUAUUUACAUUUAACUCAAUGGUCAUAUAAACAUUUGCUGCUAUAAUCAUAUAAUGCAGGAAAUUAUUAUUGGGUAGGUAAUCAUUAAUUGCUGCAUUUCCCCCUUAUUUCUACUUUUGUCACCUAAUUGCAGUUAAAGACACAAUAUCUUUAGUGUUUUUCAGCAUAACUAUGUAUUUUUUUUUCUUUUUAAAAAUGUACUAUGCCUUUUCUCUGCUAAAUUUCUAUGUAACAUACCAUUAACUUGAAUAUAUUUUUGUACUGAAUUGCUCAUAAGGUUUAUAAGGAAAAAUUUCUUCAAUGACACUACAUAACGUAAAAACUAAUUAACUGCAAUGUUUAAAUAUUACUGUCCAAGUUUGUACCUCAAAUGAUUUUUUUAAAGAAAUGGACUAGAUGAUUGACAAAGACCUACCUCCAGACUAUAAAUGGAAUGAACUUGUUGUUUCUUUCAGCAUUAGCAUAUGAGAAGACUGAAACACUUAGGACUGCAAAAAAAAAAAUCCCUAUUAAAACUAUUUUUGUAAAAGAA